AUGGCGUCACCCCUCCCAGAGAAUUUGGAUUGCUCUGCACCAACCUUUGUGGAGGACCACAGUGUGUGUUCCACUGAAGUUCCUGCUGGGAACAGGGAAACGAGUCUGUCUGGUCACGAGAGCCAUGUCCCCAGUUCUGAAGUUCUUGAAGCAAUAGAAAAUGUUUUUCAAGAUGUACUUAAAAGCUUGGCCCAAAAAAAAGCACCUGUUCUCACACUGGCUAACAGAUCAGAUUGGAGGAAUAUAGAAUUUAAAGAUUCCGUAGGACUACAGAUGAUACCUCACUGUACUACAAAACAAAUAAGAAGUGACUGCCCUAGAUCAGCACUAAAAUUUGCUCUGACGCUCAAAGUAUUAUCUGUGAUCUAUAAGAUGGUGCAGAGCAAUACUUACGCAACUAAAAGAGAUAUAUAUUAUUCAGAUACACUACUGUUUGGCAGCCAAAGUGUUGUGGACAGUAUAAUCAAUGACAUUUCUUGCAUGCUUAAGAUACCUCGCAGAAGUCUACAUAUACUGUCUACAACUAAAGGUUUUGUUGCUGGUAAUUUAAGUUACACUGAGGAAGAUGGUACAAAAGUGAAUUGUACCUACAGUGCAACAGCAGUCACUGUGCCAUCUAAUGUUCAAGGAAUUAAAAAUUUAAUCUCACAUGCCAGAUUUAUGUUGAUUGUAGAAAAAGAUGCAACUUUUCAGAGACUCCUGGAUGAUGACUUCUGCAAUAAAGUGUCCCCAUGUAUAAUGAUUACGGGAAGAGGCGUACCAGAUCUCAAUACACGACUGUUGGUCAGAAAGCUGUGGGAUUCUUUUCAAAUUCCUAUUUUCACCCUUAUGGAUGCAGAUCCACAUGGUGUAGAAAUAAUGUGCAUCUACAAAUAUGGAUCUGUGUCAAUGUCUUUUGAAGCCCAUCAUCUCACCGUUCCAUCUAUAAAGUGGCUUGGUCUCCUUCCAUCUGAUCUUGAGAGAUUAAAUAUACACAAAGAUGUUCUGAUUCCAUUUACAAAGCAAGAUCAAAAUAAGUUGGCAAGUAUACAAAAGAGACCUUACAUUGCUUGCCAGCCAAUGUGGAAAAGAGAGUUGGAAAUUAUGGCAGCAUCGAAGCUGAAGGCUGAAAUUCAAGUUUUAACUUCUCUUUCAUCAGAUUACCUUUCCAGAGUCUAUUUACCAAACAAACUGCAGUUUGGUGGCUGGCUGUGA